CACUAGCCGCCCUCGGAGCUCGCCUUCCACCAGCGGCGGAGUGAGCGCAGCAACCCGCCGGUCCCGACUUCUGCGCUCCGACUCGGGACAUGGAGGCGCUGAGGACCGGCGAAGAGGGCGAGGAGCCUCCCAAAAGUAUCCGCAUUCUUGGGUCGGAGCUGGUGGAGACCUACACGGUAUAUAUCAUUCAAGUGGCUGUUGGAACCCAUGAGUGGAUAGUAAAACAUCGAUAUAGUGACUUCCAUGAUCUUCAUGAAAAGCUUGUUUUAGAGAAGAAGAUAGACAAGAAUAUAUUGCCUCCCAAAAAGAUUAUUGGUAAAAAUUCCAAAAGCUUGGUGGAAAAAAGAGAAAAAGAGUUGGAAGUAUAUCUACAAACUCUUCUUGCUAUAUUUCCAUUGGCAGCACCCAAAGUACUAUCACAAUUCUUACAUUUUCAUUUUUAUGAAAUCAUUGGAAUCACAGCUGCAUUGGCUGAAGAACUUUUUCAUAAAGGAGAGCAAUUACUUAUGGCUGGUGAGGUCUUUAAUAUUAAACCUUUGCAGCUUUAUGCUGUUACUCAACAGCUGCGUCAGGGGAAACCAACAUGUGCAAAUGGUGAUGCCAGAACUGAUCUUGGUCACAUUCUGGAUUUCACAUGCAGACUCAAAUAUUUAAAGAUAACUGGCACAGGUGGACCUGUUGGAAGCAGUAAUAUUCAGGAACAUCUUUUGCCUUUUGACCUAUCAAUAUUUAAAUCUCUUCAUCAGAUUCAGAUAAAUCACUGUGGUGCAAAACUUAUUAAUGGGCUGAUAUCUUCAAAGCACACUCUAGCAACACUAAGUGUACAAUUCUCAGCAACAUCCAUGAUGGAGGUCCUAGUACCUGAGGCCUAUGAAUUUGACCAGUGGGAGCCAGAAGGCGCAUCUUCAAAUCCUGUGACAGCAGUUAUUCCAACUUGGAGAACAUUAACAACUUUAGAUAUGAGUCAUAAUAGUAUAGCUCAAAUUGACAAUUCAGUGAAAUUAAUGCCGAAGAUUGAAUUUCUGGAUUUAAGCCACAAUGAUGUACCACUAGUGGAAAAUUUACAGCAUCUCUACAAUCUUAUUCACCUGGAUCUCUCCUACAAUAAACUUUCAACGUUAGAAGGAAUUCAUACAAAAAUUGGAAAUAUCAAAACACUGAAUUUAGCAGGGAAUCACCUGGAUAGACUUUCCGGACUCAACAAACUCUAUUCUUUAGUUAACCUGGAUCUUAGUAACAAUAAAGUGGAUCAGAUUGAUGAAAUAAGGAAUAUAGGAGGCCUUCCAUGCUUGGAAAAGCUUAUGUUAUCCAACAAUCCUUUGAGUAUUAUUCCUGAUUAUAGGACCAAAGUUCUAGCUCAGUUUGGUGACAGAGCCUCAGAGGUUUGUUUGGAUAAUACCACAACCACUGAAAAAGAACUUGACACUGUUGAAGUGUUGAAAGCUAUACAAAAAGCAAAAGAUGUAAAAUACAAAAUGAGUAAUUCCGAUAAGAAGAUCCCUGAAGAUUCCAAGCUUUCUGCUACCAGUUCAAAAUCAAACUGCUCUUCUCUUUCUGUUCAUCCUUCCUCUCCUUCUCUGCCACGUCCUGUCAGCUCCAGUCAAGAAAUAACAUACAAGAAAACAGCCCUAGUCAGCAGUUUCUCAUCAAGUAGUUUGACUCCUGAAAGCCAUACAGUUACCCAAAGAUGCCCUGAAACACCAGAUUCGUGUAGUGCAAGUCAGGUACCUGCUCCAGAUUUGGACCUUUCUGAUGAAAGCACACAUCGCAUGUGCUUGGGAUAUCCAGAAGAAGGACCCGAUUCCUUGCCUGAUCCUCUUAAUACUGUUACUCUGCCUUUCACUUGUAUGUCAUACGCUACCACAAAUCAGGACUUUGUGCAACAUCUCUCUACCUUGAUUGCAGAGGCCGUGGGACAUGUGCCCCUCUUUUCAGUGGAAACUCAGAACACGGGAGAUCUUUUGAGUGAUUCCAGAGUUACAGAAACUGAAGAUGGCUACUUUGAAAUGGGACUUCAUGAAGGAUAUCAGAUCUCUAAAGUGGCUCCCACUUCAAGUGGUGUGCAGACGACCCAAGCAAAACAGGAUACUAUAAUCAAAAUCCUCUGGAGUUUUUGCAUUCAGGUUCAUAAAGGACUCAGGCAGUUUGCUUCCUGUUUUGUUUUGGCUAGUAAUGUGAUGGCUGUAUUUGAAAUUGUUCAAGAUUCCAAAGGAAAUUGCCAGCAUAUACUUUCUGCUUUGAAAGUUGUACUUUGCUUUCCAUACUCUGACCUCAGUGAAUUUGGUUUUUUAAUACCAGAAAUAUGUUUGAUGCUCAACGUAAACAAUGGCGAUACCUGCUUGUUUGUUGUGUCAGACACUCAGAAUCUGCAAGAUUUCUAUUCCUGUUUACACCAGUUUCGCGUUCAGCACUAUAAGCCUGCUUUAGCUGGUUCUGUACUGUAUUGUGGCAAAGCUAAUUUGCAAGAGUUUGUCUACCAGCUGAUGGGGUUUUAUCAUAUUUCAUCUGAGAACACAGAGAUAAAAGGUUGUUUCCCAGUUUAUCUCUUCUGUCAUAAUAAGGCUGAUGGUCAAAAGGAACUAUGUUUGCCAGAACUGGGCAAUGAUGACCAAACCUGUUCCAAGCAUUGUGGUUGUUCUGCAUUUUACUCUGCGAUUCAUAAAUCAGCUGGAGAGAGCCAUUGUAUGCUGCACCCUUGUUGGAUAUUUCUCACACCUCACCACCUUCAUAUAGUUAAAGUUGAUUUUAAUAUACUGCCAGGUAAAUUCAUGGAUUCGGAAAAUGCCAGGAACAUUUUCAAACUGAACAGAAUUCCACUGGCUUCUGUUCUUUUGCAUCCCACGUGUUUUUCAGUUCAGCAAGAAGGUUCAUUUUCAGAUGGAUAUGUCCUGGAAUUGAUAAUUGGCUACAGAUUUGUCACAGCAAUAUUUGUCCUACCUCACGAGAAAUUCCAUUUUCUGAGAAUAUAUAGUUUUCUGAGGACACUUUUGCAAGAUGUCAAGACCAUAAUUAUUUUCAAAGAUGCCAAUCAUGUAGAAUCGGUCAGAAACUCUUCUACGGACUGUUUAAGGCAUGGCCCAACUACAAGCUUUUGCAAGCCUCGUUUGCCAUUCUCAUCUUUGUACCCAUCUGAAUUUCUGAUGCAAAGAAUUACCGAUGAGAACCAGAUACCUAUGCACCUUUCAGUCUCUCCAUCUCUUCAAUAUGUAGCUGGGCUAAAAGAAAAACACAUUAUGGAUUUUUUCCAUAACAGCAUUGCUGAGGUCGAAAAUGAAGAACUAAGACAUCUCAUGUGGUCAUCUGUUCUGUUUUAUAAAGCUCCAGAUAUGGAAGUGACAACUUGUGUACUACUUUCAACUAAAGCUAUUUACUUCUUGUUGGAUGAUUCUGUGACGCAUUCUAAUGAUCACCAUUUAGGUUUUUGGGGCACUGACUUUGAAUUCAGCUCUUUCCACCUCACUCCUUGCUUAGUUCUAAAAUUAAAUGAUCUGCAUUCAGUGAACAUUGGACUUUUUGAUCAGUAUUUUCGACUUACUGGACAUUCGGCAGAACAUAUAUUAACCUGCCUAACCAGAGACAGUUAUAGCACUCACACUUUUAUCCAGCACCUCAUGGCAGUGCUCUCACUCCUUGCAAGGACACCAUCGCCAGAACCAGUAGAUAAGGACUUCUACUCUGAAUUUGGGAAGAAAAAUACAGGAAAAAUGGAAAACUAUGAACUGAUUCACUCUAGCAGAGUGAGAUUCAUAUAUCCCAAUGAAGAAGAAAUUGGGGACCUUGCUUUUCUGGUUGCUGAGAAGAUGAACAGUGUCGUGAAAUCCCCAUCCCUGAAUCUACUCCUUUAUGUGUUGGCGUUUCAGGUCAAUACGACGGAGGGGACUGCUCAGGCCUUCAGUUCCCUCCAGCCUAAAACACUGAUCCUAACUAGCUCAGAUUUGUUUCUUUUCAAUGAGGACUACAUCAGCUACCCACGGCCUGAGUUUGCAAAGGAACCACCAAAGGGAGACAAGUAUCAGCUUGCAGAUGGAAGAAGAAUCCGUGACCUAGAUCGUGUGCUCAUGGGCUAUCAGGCCUAUCCUCAGGCACUCACCUUUGUUUUUGACGACAUUCAGAAUCAUGAUCUCAUGCAGAACCUGACCUUAGAUCACUUUGGCAAUGCCUUCAGUUUCCCUAAAGGACAGGCCGCACAAGAGGGCAAUGUCAGCCAAGAGGUGCUCUGGUGUGUCUUCAUCCCAAGUCCUGACAGCCGUGAAAAACUGAUCUCACUACUUGCUAGGCAGUGGGAGACACUGUGUGGUAGGGAGCUGCCUUUGGAGCUCACCGGAUAAUUUUGUUGGGUUUAAAUAUUUCAGCUCAUCAGGUCUACAGUUACAAAUUAAAGCACAGUAUUGACUGAUUUAACCCUGGAUCAGCAUUGUCUUCACAGCAGUGUCACAUUACAUAGGGUGAUUUUGUUUUUCCCCCCCCUGUGCAUUGCCAUUGGUAUUUCUUGUGCGGGGGGCGUGGGGCGUUAUUACACAACAUAAGCUGCUAAAUGAUUGUCCUGGAAUUUUCUAAACUCUGUUUUUAUGUAGCAAGUAACAUGUUCCAGAUUCCUAAUUAAGCAUUCUAGGCAACUGUAUGGAACAAAAGGAGUCGGCACUUGGCGUACUUUCAUUUAGGGCUGUUGAUGUUUCCACUGUGUUUUUGUACAAUGCUGUUCUAUACAAAAAUAUAGAAAUAAUGGUAUCAAAAGAUGCUUGUGCUAUGUUAAGGUGCAAUGUUCUUUGGACAAGAUGUACACUGCUUAUACUGCUGAUAAUUAUUUAAUGAUAUUUCUUAUUUUUACAUUUUGUCUUUUUAUGAUGUAUCAUUUUUUUAAUUUUGUCGGCUAAUUGUGAACAUGAUAGAAUUCAUCUAAUUGAAUGUUGAUUUUACAUGUCAUUUAUAUUUUCAUGAGAUUGAACAAAGUUACUGGUUUGAUUUCAACACUGCAGACAGAAGGAUUGGUCAGGAAUGGUCAUAAUUAUUUGAUGCCAACAAAUAAUGAAACAUUUGUUGUUAGGAGCACCUUGUUUUUGUUGCCAAAUUUCUCAAAAACAAUAAACUGAAUUUUGACACAA